GCGACCCGGCAUCUUCUCACACACAACCCAGGGAUUUGUCUCUGACAAAUGUCGGCCGCAUGAAUGCUUUUGCGUUUAUUACUCCGGCCACUACACGCACCAAGAAGAAAAAUGGGGAGUAAAAUAAAAUCCAGGGCGGUGCGUUAAAACCCUCACUCGAUCUCGGCGCCGAGGGAAGAGGAGGGCAGGGCCCGAGGUGAGCGGCCUGCGCCGAGGGACGAUGUUAAAUGUCUGCGGGCUUUUGCUGCUCUCCCGUCUCUGGCCUGACCGCACUUGCUUCUUCCGCAUUUUCCUAGGGGUUAGGCUCUGACGUUACGUAUUACGACGGCGGCGGGAGCGAGGAGCAGAGUCGAGUCGAGUCAGCCCCUCCUCCUCCUCCCCGCAGCCAUCAAACAACAAAGCCUGAUUGGCAGGGCUAGGCCCGACCCGACCCUCCAGCACUCGGCCCAGCCAGGAAAGGCUGAGCCUGCCAGCCCAGCGAAGGAGGCGAAUCAUCCCGAAAUCGGGCCGCCGGCGGCCGGUUUGACUCACCAGGAUAAUAAAUCUGCAGAGUGAGAGGUGAAUGGCAAGAGUAUGAAGGGCAUGGAUCAAGAGACCUCCUUGCAAUGAGACCAACAGUAGGGUGACAUUGUGGAUUUCCCUGUGUGACACAAGUGCAGGUGACUCCUUCAGUUAGAUGUGGCUGGAUUAAGUGCCACAACCUGUGAUCUACUUCUAUACACACUGAGAAAAUGUUUUUAAUGUUUUAGCAGUGAUUAAUGAAAUUUGUAGACCAUGGAUGAAGAUGUAGGAAGGCUUGAACUGCAGCAACAGGAACCCAAGGUGAUUUUUGAUAACACAGCUCAAGAAGUAACUUCGGAACACAUUGAUGGACAUCAUAUUCUUGUAGAAGUUCAAGAGACUGUCUUUGUCGAUUCUGCUAUCAAUUCUGGUUCCCACUUUGUCUCUGAUGACACAGACUCUGUUGUAAUACAGGAUGUAAUUGAAGAUGUUGUCACUGAAGAUAUUGUUGCUGAAGAUGUUCACUGCCCUGAAAUAAUUGAGGAGCCAGAAACCAUUAUUGUUCCUGAACAAGUACUGGACACAGAUGUUGCCACAGAGGAGACCUUGAGUACAGUCCCUGAAGAUGUUUUGGCUUCUGACAUUAACUCAGAGACCAUUUGUGUUUCAGAACAUGUCCUGACAAGUGAAGAUGUGCCUGACAUGGCUAAUGUUGAGGAUGUUGCUGUCACAGAAGCUGAAAUAGUCACGGACACCUUGUCACCUGACGUUGAAGAAGUUCUAGUGACAGGCCCUGCUACAGAGACUGAGAUAGGCACACAUAGUUUACAUGUUCAGAAUCAGGAGACCGUUCCAGUCACCAUUGAGACUCCAGGAGGAAAUAAAGAUGCCAGUGAGGAUUAUUUAAUGAUUUCCUUGGAUGAUGAUGGAGGAAAGAUUGGACAUGAAGGAAAUAGUGAACUAAAAAUUGAAAGUGGCCUGUCGGCACAGAGUGAUCGUUUAAAAGCAGAUGGUGCUUGUUCUGAAGUCAUUAAAGUUUACAUUUUCAAAGCAGAUGAUGGAGACGAUGAUUUGGGUGGAACUGUGGAUAUUGGUGAAAGUGAACCUGAUAAUGAUCAUGCAGUUGGAUUACUGGAUCAGAGCACUGUAGGCAGAAUAUCACGAGAGAAGAUGGUUUACAUGACUGUUAAUGAUCCCAACCAGGAGGAUGAGGACAUAAUGAAUACAACACAGCAAGAAGAGAACUGCUACCUUCAAACAAGUUGUACUGAUAUUGCAGAUGAAGUUUACAUGGAGGUCAUUGUAGGAGAAGAUGAUGCAACAGUAGGUCAUGAGCAACAAAUUGAAGACACAGACAUUAGCAAAACAUUUGUGCCUGUAGCUUGGGCUACUGCAUAUGGUAACAGUUCUGAUACUGUAGAGAACAAGAAUGGAACUGGCAGCCACCCCCUACAGGCAGAUGGAACAGCUGAGCUUAACAGGCUGGCAAAACCAAAGUCAAGGAAAAGAAGGAGACUUGAAAGUAGACAGUAUCAGACAGCAAUCAUCAUAGGACCUGAUGGUCAUCCCAUAACUGUUUAUCCAUGUAUGAUCUGUGGAAAAAAAUUCAAGUCCAGAGGUUUCCUGAAGCGACACAUGAAAAAUCAUCCAGAGCAACUGACCAAGAAAAAGUACCAGUGUACUGACUGUGAUUACACUACUAACAAGAAAAACAGUUUACACAACCACCUGGAGAGUCACAUGCUUAUGAACAAAGUGGAGAAGACCUAUGAGUGUGAUGAAUGUGGCAAAGAAUUUUCUCAUCCAGGAGCACUGGUUUCGCACAAAUUGGUUCACCGUGAAAAGGGAGCCACAAAGAUGCACAAAUGCAAAUUUUGCGAGUAUGAGACUGCAGAACAAGGGCUUCUGAAUCGUCACCUCUUGGCUGUGCAUAGCAAGAAUUUCCCACACAUAUGUGUGGAGUGCGGCAAGGGAUUUCGCCAUCCUUCAGAGUUGAGGAAGCACAUGCGAACCCACACUGGGGAGAAACCCUAUCAGUGCCAGUACUGUGACUACAAAUCAGCUGAUGCCUCAAAUCUGAAAACUCAUAUGAAGACAAAGCACAGCAAGGAUCUACCAUUCAAAUGUGAGCAUUGCUUGAUGACAUUCACAGAUGCCAAAGAACUACAGAAACAUGCCAUCAUGCAUCAGGGACACAAGACCCACCAGUGUACACAUUGUGAUCACAGAAGUUCCAAUUCUAGUGAUUUGAAGCGCCAUAUUAUUUCAGUCCACACCAAGGACUACCCUCAUAAGUGUGAAGUAUGUGAUAAAGGCUUUCAUCGACCCUCUGAGCUUAAGAAACAUAUGUCCACUCACAAGGGUAAAAAACUGCACCAGUGUAGGCACUGUGACUUUAAAAUUGCAGACCCUUUUGUUCUUAGCCGUCAUAUUCUUUCAGUUCACACCAAGGAUUUGCCAUUCAGAUGUAAACGUUGCAAAAAGGGCUUUCGACAACAGGUUGAACUUAAGAAGCAUAUGAAGACCCAUAGUGGGAAAAAGGUUUAUCAGUGUGAGUACUGUGAAUAUAGCACUACUGAUGCCUCAGGCUUUAAACGGCAUGUUAUUUCAAUUCACACAAAGGACUACCCACAUCGUUGUGAUUACUGCAAGAAAGGCUUCCGAAGACCUUCUGAAAAGAACCAGCAUAUCUCUCGACAUCAUAAGGAUGCAGUUUUGGUCGAGGGGUUACCAUGAACUAUUUCCAAGUUAGGAAGCAGCUACUUCCAGUACAUCCAUUGUAUGGUUAAAAAAAAAUUGUGUACAUUUGUUGUUAAAGACUUAGAAGUUAAGCUCACUUCAAUAAUUGAACUAACUUAUCCCCUUUUCCAAUUGUAUUGUGUCUUAGAUUGAAGAUCGAGUCUAAAAUGAAAAGUUACAUGUCCACAGACAUAGAAAUCCAUUUAAAUGGACAGGUUUUGCGGCAUGGUGUCAGCUCCUGAGAGAUGAAUGUAAUAAAUUAGUUGCAACCAAUCAGCUACAGCUUUGGCUUCUGCCAUUAUAUAAUUACUGAAUCCAAAAUUAGCUAUUUUCUGAGAACAGUUUAGCUUCAGUUUAAUUAUUGAUGGCAAAUGUGGUCCUUUUAUUAGUUUGUAUCAUUGCUCAGUUUUGUUGAAGUGCUACCGUUUAUGAGCUUGCUUGCUUACUGGCUGAAAUCCAUGUUAUCAGCACAUCCUCCUGUAUUUUGAAAUUUCAUUUGGUGUUGGAAUUGUAGUUAUUUUUCCAUCUGUGCUUCUGAUGCUUCAGUGUAUUAUGGUAAUGGUAUGUUUUCAGCCCUCAUCUGGAUUUGCAUUUUUAUUACAAUUGCAUCUUUUAAAAAAGGGGGAAAAAAAACUUCACUUGAUGUAACCUUGGGACUAAAGGCCUUUGCCUAACUACAUUUUACUUCCAGAUGUGCUUCAUUCCACUUUGUCAGGUGUGGUCUAGCAAUGUAUUGUUGUGGCAGAAUUAUCUCAACAAAUUUACUUUUCCAUAUAUGGUGUGUGUAAAAAAAAAGACAUCGCUCAUGUUUUUACAAGUGUACACAUUUUUUCCAGAAUUAUAUUUUGCCAAUGUCUUUAACUUGUAAAAAUAAAACAAAUAGCGCUAUAUGUUUUUUAAAAAACGUUCUGUGCUUUCUGUAGAAUACUGCAGCUUAAUCUAAAAGAAAAUAUGUAUGUAUUAGUAUUUGUUCUGCAUGAGCUGCAAAAUCUAUAUUUUAAAACAAAUAACUCCAAAUGUAGGGAAAUGCUUUAUAUGAUGUACCUCAGUCUGAACAUAAUAUGGAGAGGUGUUCGGGGUAAAGGGCAGGGGUGCUGUAGGGAAUUGUGUGGUGAAAGAGAGACUUUCUUUCAGUCUAAAUCUUUUAUUAUACACAAAGUAAAAAGAAUGUAUAUUUGAUAACCUCAAACAACCACUGUUGAUAACCUUCUGACGUAACCUUCAAAUAGCUUAUUCAUCUGAGAAACUUGAUAAAAUUGGAAGGUUAAAAUAAUAAAAUUGCAGUAUAACACUUUUUUGAGCUUCAAGAUGAUGUCCUACUUGAGAUUUCUACAGCGUCCUGCAACGUUUGAAAUGCAGUAAGUUGGCUUCAUUGGUACAUCAGCAAAGUAUGAAUGGCACGUAAAUGAAAGAAAACUCAAAAGGAAGAAUUGCAACAUAUCAUUAUGUAACUGGCAAAACUCUUAAUUCCUCUACAUGUUUUCAAUGCAUAUACAUCUUUUGCUGAAACAGCAGAACAUACAUUAUUUAAGAGAAACUAUGGUGGAAGAUAACAUUCAAUUACUGUAAAGGAUUUUUUUAGAAGCAUAGGGAUUAACCAUAAUCAAAAUUCUUUCAAAAAGUUUGUUUGAAAUCACUCCAGAAUGCUUUAGCCUAUAAGAAAUAUUAAAAACAAUCUGCAGUUUUUAAAGGCUUUAUUGUUUGAAAUUUAACCCUCCCCACCUUUCCUUCCUUAUCAUAAAAUAGUGUAAACUUAUUUGAAAUCUGCUUGAAAACAUAGAUUUUGCAGUGCGUUGAAUUGGAUACGACAAAGCAAUUAUACAAAUAUUCUACUGUUUCAUUUUGGUAACUUCAACCACUCCUGUUUCUUGUUAAAUUAAUGUGAACUUCAUAUUGCAAUAGUCUCCAUUCUCAUUUUUGAACUUUAAGUGCCAUAAUAUCCACUGUAUGCCAAAUGAAACCUAGUUGGAUUCAUAGAAACAUAUGGCAUUAAAUUUGCUAUUUUGAUAUUUAGAACUUUUUGAAACUUCCUUUAGAACUGUACAUGACAACAGAUGCUGUGCUGUUGGUUAAGCUUAAGCACUCUUCAUUGUACGUGUAGUGCCAGAGGCUAUGGUCCAGAUCAUCUUUGCAACUGCCUAUGCUGCUCCAAUGUAAUACUACUUUCAGAGAAUAAUGGGAAAAAUGAUGAAGGGGAAAUAAGAGAAAAAUGUACAUGUUUACAAUUUUAUUUUAAAAAUGAAAUUACUGUAUUAAAAAUGUUAAUAGUUGCUUAUUGUGCAGACAUAAUUGCUCAGUGAAUGAGAACUUUAGGUGUUAAACAAUUAAAUUGUUUCAUGGAUUAAAUCUGUUUUUGUGGCAGUUGAGGAAGACUUUUGAAUGGGUGCAGAAUUUUUUUUAAAACUGGGAUAAAAUAUAGAGUGUUCAACAAAAUGCCAGCUGAUUUGAAAAGGAAGUUUUUUUUUGUCCCUGUGCCUGUAAGCAAAACCAUCCUUUGUGACAUUAUUGUAUUUAGCAGUGUACUUCAUUUAAUCUGUAAACAAAUAAAAUUUAGAUUAUUUUCCUUUGCAUUAUUUACUGAAUUUUCUCCACAGUUUUAUAAAUACGUUAGUAGUA